AUCUGGAGACAACUUUCCCAAAUACCACCGAACAUCUUGUGUUUUUAUAACUGACACAUGAACAGUGAACGUGUUUCAUAGUUUGUCAUUUAAGUUGUUACCGGGACGUGCUAGCUGUGUUAGCCUGAGUUAGCUUGUUUUCAUCAUUUGGCAGCUAGCCUCAGUCUACCUGGAAGUAACGUCAGUGUUUGUACACCUGAAUAUCACACCCCUUUAGCUUAUCAUGUGGACGUCUAGAUGUUUGAGGAAACGUCACCUGUCUGAUUUAAACUCCAACUUUAGUGCUCCAAACAUGGACCAAGACAACAAUUCCGAGGAUGAGUCAGUCGGCCCUUCAGAGGAUCCUUCAGAAGAGGAACUGCCUUGUCUACCUCCAGGCCUCUCUGAUGGAGAAGCGAUGGAGCUGCUCUGGCAGCUGCGAGCGCAGCGUCGCCAGGUGUCCCCGGAGCUCCCGGAGACAGUGACCUGUCUCACAGCUGCUGAUGGCAGCCUCCUCUACCUGGUGGGCACGGCUCACUUCAGUGACAGCAGCAAAAAGGACGUGGCCACGACGAUCCGAGCCGUGCAGCCAGACGUGGUGGUGGUGGAGCUGUGCCAGUACAGGGUGUCGAUGCUAAAGAUGGACGAGAAUACACUGCUGAAGGAAGCCAAAGACAUCAACCUGGAUAAAGUCCAGCAGGCCAUCAAACAGAACGGGCUGAUGUCGGGCCUGAUGCAGAUCCUCCUGCUCAAAGUGUCCGCUCACAUCACCGAGCAGCUGGGCAUGGCUCCAGGUGGAGAGUUCAGAGAGGCCUUCAAAGAGGCUGGACAAGUGCCCUUCUGUAAAUUUCACCUCGGGGACAGGCCCAUCCCUGUGACGUUCAAGAGGGCCAUCGCUGCUCUCAGCCUGUGGCAGAAAGCCCGUCUGGCAUGGGGCCUCUGCUUCCUGUCGGACCCAAUCAGCAAAGAGGACGUGGAGAAGUGCAAACAGAAGGACCUGCUGGAGCAGACCAUGUCGGAGAUGAUCGGAGAGUUUCCUGCUCUCCAUCAGACCAUCGUGGCUGAAAGAGACAUCUACCUCACACACACGCUCCGCCAGGCUACACGCUGCGUGGAGGCCCCUCCUAACGCCCAGAAAGUGCCUGCUGUGGUGGUGGGAGUUGUGGGGAUGGGUCACGUCCCCGGAAUAGAAAGAAACUGGGAGAAGCAGCUGAACAUCAGUGAAAUCAUGAGCGUCGCACCUCCCUCGCGGUUCGGCUGGGUGCUGCGCACGGUCAUCAAGGGUGUAGUGGUGGGGAUGCUGGGAUACGCCUGCUACAGAGCUGGAGGGAGUUUGGGUCGUGUCCUGCUGUCUUCACCUGCUGUCCAGUCUUUUCUGGACACUCUGCGGCCCCCGCCUGCCUGACCCCCGCUGGCUCUCACAAUGCCUCUGAUUGGGACCCUAAGUCUGAAAAAGAAUAAAGUUCACCAAUGGCCUUAAAAAAAAAAAAAAACAGGAAGUGAGGCUGGAGGAAAUGUUUCACCAGCUCACACGUUGAACUGAGAAGGACCUCAGAGGGGGGGCUGAAUCCUCCCACCUCGUCUCGAUGUCCUGUAGACGCUGCAGGGCCGUACUGCCAAAGAUAACCUCGACAGUACUCCUUGAUUCUUUUCUAUUUUCUACAAAUCCUGCAAUUUGUAAAGUUUCCGAAUGCCAAUGAUUCCCAUUUGAAUUGAUUAACAUUUGCCCCGCCAUUCCUUUAAAUGACUCUCCCACACACACACACACACACAGUUACAUAACAUUUAUCCAUGGAAGUCAUCCUCGGUCACCUCUCCUGACGUGACUGAACAGCAUCUCCUGAUUCCUCCCGCCUCUCUGGCGCCGACCAGCAGUUUUGGUAAACGGCCCAUUUCAAGUCCAGCACUUUAUAAGAGACUGUUGGGAGUCCAGUCAGUCAAGCAUCAAGUCGUUCACAGAUUAUCACAAAAGAAAGAUCAGAAACUCUUCAGAACAGUGUUUGUAGUUGGAGCAUGGAGUGGAGCGUUAUCUUUGACACGUCUGGAAUAAUCUACAUGAAGAGAAUAUUCUUCAUGACGCACACACACAGGAAGAGCAAAAUAAAAGAAUGAUGGAAGAUGAUAUUUACUUUGAUUAAGAAAACAAACAGUCCUGGCCACAUUAACAGACAAGUGCCUCAUAUAGCAGCUGAAAAAAAGGUGUUACACUCAUCUUUACACACCUGUCCCUAAUGCUAGAUGUACGUGUGAAAUAAUGUGUCUUCAUGUAGGUUUAUGACAGGCCUGCUUGUAAACAGACUGUUACUCUAAACAGAAAGCAUCUAGUUUGUGUGGGUGUCAAAUGAAACGGCACCACAGCCCCGUCGUUUUCAACUCGCUCAGAUGUCCAUGAGACACAGAGGCCGGGCUCAGGUGUGCCUCAGGAUGCAGUCAUCUUGUCAUUUAGCAUUUUUUUUUAAUUGUACCUCCGAUCUGAGUCCGUUUCUCAUGCUGGCUCCGUCUCUCGAGUUGGUUGAUACUUGAUACAAAAAUAUGCAUCUCUCUCACGGAGAGAAAGCAAUCUUUUCAAGUCCUCCUCAUGUGACAAACGGUCAUUCAGCGCACCAGCUGUUUGUACUUUUUAUGAUAUAUGCAUCAUCAGUCGCCACUCUGCUUAUAAAAAGGACAUGUAGACAGUAAACAUGAAAUGGUUUUUGUUGCUCUUAAAUGAAGGAGUCAGUGGAGACGUGUUCUGACUACUGCGGAGGAGACGGACGCUUCGGUUUUGGGAAGUUAAGCCUUACACUGCUAUCACUGCUGCCUUUGACCCUCAGACCUGUUUCCAUUGUACAGAGCUUCUUAUUGCACAUAUUCAAAUUGGCUCGCUGGCAAACCACCAGGAAGUGUUCCAAUUAAAACGACAGUCUGAACAAGUAUUUACACGGCUGUUAACCUACAGCGACUUCCAGGUAUUUUUCCAUCUUAAUUUGAAGUGUUUUUUAUGUCAGCAAUACGAAAGACGUUUAAUUACUGUCUUUGAUUUGUGGAAUUAACUAUAAAAUAAGUAAACAAAGCCGUUAUUGAUUAAUCCGCUUCUGUGCUCAUGAAUUAAACUCAGCCUAUCUUCCAAUUGGUUAAAUAAUGAUUGUAUCUUUAAAGGUGAGCGAUGAGGAUUAAAAGAGGGGAGCAGUAAAAUAAGUUUAGAGAGUUCUUUCUCUCCACAUCAUCAUCAUCAUCGUCUCAUAAGGUUUCAUCUGCUGUUUGAGAGAAACUGUAUGAACGCCUGCAGUACUAGACGUCAGAUUUGAUCCUUUUCAUUGUUAACAAACCAAACAUUGAUGCCCGACUUCUGUAAUGAAUUACUGAAACAUUUUAAGUAAAGAAUCUUUAUUUGCCUGAAA